GCUUUGUUAUGGUUGUGGGCUCUCCACCUCUGUGGGAUCAGGAAGCUGGGGACGCGCCCUUAGACGCUGCCUCUGGCCCCUAGCUGUAGCCCCACUGCUGCCGGUGAUAGAUUCCUGUGGCCUUUUAAGUGAUUGAAUAAUGAUGGAAAUGGAUCCAAAAUAAUAAAUGACUACUCUACUAAAGCAGUAGAAGACUCCUCGUAUCACCUUCCAGUUCAAUUCAGUCUUCAGGAGGAGGCGGAACAAGUGAAAUAGAGAAGACUGAAGAGAAGAUGACCUCACUUUGGAACUGUUUACUCCUUGACUUCUUUAUUUCUACUUGUUUUAAUUUUGCUGUGAAUUUAAAUAGUGAAAACCAAAGAAAUAGAAGAUACAUUUGGGAGCUUUAUAUAACCCAAGAAAUUUGCCUUGAAAGCCUCUAUUCUUUGGAGGAAAACAUACUAAGUUCCUGUCUGAUUAAAAACAAACCAGAUUUCCUAUGUCCCUUAGAUUCUGAAGAAUAAAACAGAUAUAAAUACAUAUCCGCACACUUUUUAGCAGCUCUGUAGGAAUAAUGAGAUUUAUAAAUUAAGGGCUUUGUUAUGUGGAUGUUUUGCCGCUGGAAUUGACUGCUCAGAAGAUCUUUUAUUGCUCUCUAAUGCUAUAUUUUUGAUCUGUGGCUUUGAUGGCAUUCACCCACACAUGAGUUUACCUCUUUCCAGUUAUGACCUUGUUAUGAACAGUGUUUGCACUCAAUGUGCAAAUGUCCAUGUAUUAUCUAUUUAAACAGCAUCAUAGUGCCAUCACUCAAGGAAGUUGAAUGAGGUGAACAUAGACAUAGCUCUUUCCCCUUCCCCCCAUUUUUUAAAUGUAACAAAUACUUUUUAUGUUCCCCUUCCCCUUUCCCCUUCCCCUUUUUGGAAACGUGUCAGGAACUAGAUAGUUUAAGAUGAGCAAUUGAGGAGACUUGAAAAAGUGAUACAGACAGAGCCUGGCUUCCUUGUGCUUUAUCACAAGGCGUGCUGCUGGCCAGCCUAUUUAAGCACCCUUUUAACAAGAGAACCUCGUAGGAAAUCCAGCUGGCAGACUCAAGGAGUUCGGGAAACAGGACCACAGAGGUUACACUCUGGGAUCCUGGCCAUGAGGUUGGAUGCCUCACCUUGCUGAAAAGAGACACUGGACCUAAAUGGCGCAGCAUGACUUUGUUCCUGCUUGGCUAAAUUUCUCAACACCACAGUCAGCUAAGUCACCUACAGCCACCUUCGAAAAACACGGAGAGCACCUACCCCGAGGAGAUCGUAGGUUUGGAGUAAGCCGUCGUCGACAUAAUUCCUCUGAUGGCUUUUUUAACAAUGGACCUCUGCGAACUGCAGGAGAUUCCUGGCACCAGCCCUCCCUGUUUCGCCACGACUCUGUGGACUCUGGUGUCUCUAAGGGAGCAUAUGCUGGAAUCACAGGGAACCUAUCUGGUUGGCAUAGCUCUUCCCGAGGUCAUGAUGGCAUGAGCCAGCGUAGUGGGGGUGGCACAGGGAACCAUCACCACUGGAAUGGCAGCUUCCAUUCCCGGAAAGGCUGUGCCUUUCAAGAAAAGCCACCUACAGAGAUUAGGGAAGAAAAGAAAGAAGACAAGGUGGAAAAAUUACAAUUUGAAGAGGAAGAUUUUCCUUCUUUGAAUCCAGAAGCUGGCAAACAGAAUCAGCCAUGCAGACCUAUUGGGACCCCUUCUGGAGUGUGGGAAAACCCACCUAGUGCCAAGCAACCCUCCAAAAUGCUAGUCAUCAAAAAAGUUUCCAAAGAAGAUCCUUCUGCUGCCUUCUCUGCUUCAUUCACCUCACCAGGAUCUCACCAUGCAAAUGGGAACAAAUCAACCAUGGUUCCAAGUGUCUAUAAGAACCUGGUUCCUAAGCCUGCACCACCUCCUUCCAAGCCCAGUGCAUGGAAAGCUAACAGAAUGGAACACACAGCUAGAGGAUCCCUUUCCUCUAGCUGGGAGUCUGCUUUUUCCAGUCCGAUCUCUGUUACCAAACCAGUAGUACUGGCUGGGGGCACAGUUUUAAGCUCUCCUAAAGAGAGUCCCUCCAGCACUACUCCUCCGAUUGAGAUCAGCUCCUCUCGCCUGACCAAGCUCACCCGCCGAACUACCGACAGGAAGAGUGAGUUCCUGAAGACUCUAAAGGACGACCGGAAUGGAGACUUCUCAGAGAACAGAGACUGUGACAAGCUGGAGGAUUUGGAGGACAACAGCACACCUGAACCAAAGGAAAACGGAGAGGAAGGCUGUCAUCAGAAUGGUCUUACUCUCCCUGCAGAGGAGGAAGGGGAGGUCCUCUCACACUCUCUGGAAGCAGAGCAUCGAUUAUUGAAAGCAAUGGGAUGGCAGGAAUAUCCUGAAAAUGAUGAGAAUUGCCGCCCCCUCAAAGAGGAUGAGCUCAGAGAGUUCCACAUGAAGACGGAACAGCUGAGAAGAAAUGGCUUUGGGAAGAACGGCUUUUUGCAGAGCCGUGGUUCCGGCCUGUUCUCCCCUUGGAGAAGCACUCGUAAAGCAGAGUUUGAGGAUUCAGACACGGAAACCAGUAGCAGUGAAACAUCAGAUGACGAUGCCUAGAAGUAGGCAUAUAAAUCCUCAAAAAUCUGACCCAGUAAACUCAG